CGAUGCAUUCUGGGUGCUAGCAAUAUGGCGUCCUCCUUGAUGUGCUGAUGAGAGGAGUUUCACUGUAGCUCCUAACCAGAGGGCAAAACGCUCCAAAUCCAAUAAACCCACAUUACUCGUUUUCUUCGCGAGACCGUGUCGUCCGUUUCUCAGGACUUGUUCUCAGGCAGGACAUUGUCACGGAACCGAGGGGCAGGGCCAGCCAGGCCGCGCGGACCCGGGGGUGAGGAACCGGCCGCGGGCGACACGAUGGGCCGAUCCUGGCGCUGGUUGCAGCAGCUUAGGCGAGUGCCGGACCCGCAAGGCUGAGAGUGGCUAGAGGAGACCCGAGGCGCCCUGAACCUCUUCGCCUCGGCCGGAGACCUCAGCCUAGUCGGAGAGCCGACUCCACGAGCGGGUGCCGGCCUAUCCACGGAUCUGACGCGUCGGCGGCCGAGAGCAGGGUCAUCGUGAGGCCUUAGGUCGCUCACGCUUUUGACAGCUUGGCUCGCAGCUCCUUAGAGAACGUCCUGCCCCAGAAGCAGCCAGUGGCUUAGGAUCCGGGGGUGUGCAGAGCUUCCUGGCCCCCUCCUCCCCCGGCUCUCCCCACCCCCUCCGACUUCCCGCACAGGGUCCGAGCUAGGGCUGGAAGCCUUUGUGCCCGAGUGGGGGGGUCUCCGCACGCGCCCACCCACUCCCUGCUCCCCACCCCGUUUUUUGGGGACUACUGAUUUCACCACAGCUGGUGCACGCUCCGCUUUAAGGCUGGAGGUUCUGGAGCGCUUGCUGCCCAGGACCCCUCCGCCCCCUCCCCCGCUGAUGGAGGCCGAGAUGCUGCAGGCGCCUCUGCUGGGACUCGGGGAGGACGAGGAGGCCGACCUCACCGACUGGAACCUGCCUUUGGCUUUUAUGAAAAAGAGGCACUGUGAGAAAAUCGAAGGCUCCAAAUCCUUAGCCCAGAGCUGGCGGAUGAAGGACCGGAUGAAGACCGUCAGUGUUGCCUUAGUGCUCUGCCUCAACGUGGGCGUGGACCCUCCAGAUGUGGUGAAGACUACCCCCUGUGCCCGCUUAGAAUGCUGGAUCGAUCCUCUGUCAAUGGGCCCCCAGAAAGCUCUGGAAACCAUCGGUGCGAACUUACAGAAGCAAUACGAGAACUGGCAGCCGAGGGCCCGGUACAAGCAGAGCCUGGAUCCAACCGUGGACGAGGUCAAGAAGCUUUGCACAUCUUUGCGCCGAAACGCCAAGGAGGAGCGGGUUCUGUUCCACUACAAUGGGCAUGGGGUGCCACGGCCCACUGUGAACGGCGAGAUCUGGGUCUUCAACAAGAACUACACACAGUACAUCCCGCUGUCCAUAUACGACCUGCAGACCUGGAUGGGCAGCCCGUCCAUAUUUGUCUACGACUGUUCCAACGCUGGCCUCAUUGUGAAGUCCUUCAAGCAGUUUGCGCUCCAGCGGGAGCAGGAGCUGGAGGUCGCUGCCAUUAACCCGAACCACCCGCUUGCCCAGAUGCCCCUGCCACCAUCAAUGAAGAACUGCAUCCAGCUGGCCGCCUGCGAGGCCGCCGAGCUGCUGCCCAUGAUCCCUGACCUGCCGGCUGACCUCUUCACCUCUUGCCUCACCACGCCCAUCAAGAUUGCCCUGCGCUGGUUUUGCAUGCAGAAGUGUGUCAGCUUGGUGCCGGGAGUCACACUGGAUUUGAUAGAAAAGAUCCCCGGGCGGCUGAAUGACCGGCGGACACCACUGGGUGAACUCAACUGGAUCUUCACAGCCAUCACAGACACCAUCGCCUGGAACGUGCUCCCCCGAGAUCUCUUCCAGAAGCUCUUCCGCCAAGACCUGCUGGUGGCGAGUCUGUUCCGAAAUUUCUUAUUGGCAGAAAGGAUCAUGAGGUCCUAUAACUGCACACCUGUGAGCAGCCCACGACUGCCCCCCACCUACAUGCACGCCAUGUGGCAAGCCUGGGACCUGGCCGUGGACAUUUGUCUCUCUCAGCUGCCAACAAUCAUCGAGGAAGGCACGGCGUUUCGGCACAGCCCCUUCUUUGCUGAGCAGCUGACAGCCUUCCAGGUGUGGCUCACGAUGGGUGUGGAGAACAGGAACCCCCCAGAGCAGCUCCCCAUCGUUUUGCAGGUGCUGCUCAGCCAAGUGCAUCGACUGAGAGCCCUGGACUUGCUGGGAAGGUUUUUGGACCUGGGUCCCUGGGCAGUGAGCCUGGCCUUGUCCGUGGGCAUCUUCCCCUACGUGCUGAAGCUCCUGCAAAGCUCGGCUCGGGAGCUGCGGCCCCUGCUGGUGUUCAUCUGGGCCAAGAUCCUCGCCGUGGACAGUUCAUGCCAGGCUGACCUUGUGAAGGACAAUGGCCACAAGUACUUCCUGUCCGUCUUGGCAGACCCCUACAUGCCAGCCGAGCAUCGAACCAUGACCGCCUUCAUCCUGGCUGUGAUUGUCAACAGCUACAACACAGGGCAGGAAGCCUGCCUCCAGGGAAACCUGAUAGCCAUCUGCCUGGAGCAGCUCAGCGACCCCCACCCGCUGCUGCGUCAGUGGGUGGCCAUCUGCCUGGGCCGCAUCUGGCAGAACUUUGACUCAGCGCGUUGGUGCGGCGUGCGGGACAGCGCGCAUGAGAAGCUCUGCAGCCUCCUCUCGGACCCCAUUCCCGAGGUCCGAUGUGCCGCCGUCUUCGCCUUGGGCACAUUCGUGGGCAACUCUGCUGAGAGAACCGACCACUCUACCACCAUCGACCACAACGUGGCCAUGAUGCUGGCCCAGCUCAUCCACGACGGCAGCCCUGUGGUGCGCAAGGAGCUGGUGGUGGCGCUGAGUCACCUUGUGGUCCAGUAUGAGAGCAAUUUCUGCACCGUCGCUCUGCAGUUCAUGGAAGAGGAAAAGAACUACCCGCUGCCCUCCCCAGUCACCACAGACGGGGGGAGCUUGACCCCCGUGCGGGACAGCCCGUGCACCCCCCGACUCCGCCCUGUGAGCUCCUAUGGAAACAUCCGCGCCGUCACCACCGCCAGGAACUUAAACAAAUCUCUGCAGAACCUGACCUUGACCGAGGAGUCUGGCAGCCCUGUGGUGCUCUCGCCCGGGAACCUCAGCGCCAGCAGCAGCGCCAGCAGCGCCCUGGGCAGCCCUGAGAACGAGGAGUGCAUCCUGUCCUUCGAGACCAUCGACAAGAUGCGGCGAGUCAGCUCCUACUCCUCCCUCAACUCACUCAUAGGAGUUUCUUUCAAUAGUGUUUACACUCAGAUUUGGAGAGUCUUACUGCAUCUGGCUGGUGAUCCCUAUCCAGAUGUGUCCGACUUGGCUAUGAAAGUGCUCAACAGCACAGCCUACAAGGCCACCGUCAACGCCCGGCCCCAGCGCAUCCUUGAUACCUCGUCCCUCACACAGUCAGCCCCGGCCAGUCCCACCAACAAGGGCGCCCAUAUCCACCCUGUGGGAGGCUCCCCGCCCACCUCCAGCACAAGCAGCUCUAGCCUGACCAAUGAUGUGGCCAAGCAGCCGGUCAGCCGUGACCUGCCCGCAGCUCGCCCAGGCACCACAGGCACCGUGGGGGCACAGUACACUCCACACUCACACCAGUUCCCACGGACACGGAAAAUGUUCGACAAGGGCCCGGACCAGACCACGGACGAUGCUGAUGACGCCGUUGGCCAUAAGAGCUUCAUCUCAGCUGCCGUGCAGACGGGCUUCUGCGAUUGGAGCGCCAGAUACUUUGCCCAGCCCGUCAUGAAGAUCCCGGAAGAGCAUGACCUGGAGAGUCAGACCCGCAAGGAGCGUGAGUGGAGAUUCCUGCGUAACACUCGCGUGCGGAGGCAGGCGCAGCAGGUCAUCCAGAGGGGUAUCACCCGACUGGAUGACCAGAUAUUCCUCAACAGGAACCCCGGAGUCCCUUCAGUGGUCAAGUUCCACCCGUUCACACCAUGUGUCGCCGUGGCCGACAAAGACAGCAUCUGCUUUUGGGACUGGGAGAAAGGGGAGAAGCUGGACUACUUCCACAACGGAAAUCCUCGGUACACCCGGCUCACUGCCAUGGAGUAUCUGAAUGGCCAAGACUGCUCGCUCCUGCUGACAGCCACAGAUGAUGGUGCCAUCAGAGUCUGGAAGAACUUUGCUGAUUUGGAGAAGAACCCAGAGAUGGUGACUGCCUGGCAGGGGCUCUCAGACAUGCUGCCUACCACACGAGGAGCCGGGAUGGUGGUGGACUGGGAGCAGGAGACUGGACUCCUCAUGAGCUCUGGGGAUGUACGCAUCAUCCGGAUCUGGGACACGGACCGGGAGGUGAAGGUGCAGGACAUCCCCACGGGCGCAGACAGCUGCGUGACCAGCCUGUCCUGUGACUCCCGCCGUUCCCUCAUCGUGGCAGGCCUUGGUGACGGCUCCAUCCGCGUCUACGACAGGAGGAUGGCACUCAGUGAAUGCCGCGUCAUGACGUACCGAGAGCACACGGCCUGGGUGGUGAAGGCGUACCUGCAGAAGCGCCCGGAGGGUCACAUCAUGAGUGUCAGUGUCAACGGGGACGUGCGCUUCUUCGACCCUCGCAUGCCAGAGUCAGUGAACGUUCUGCAGAUUGUGAAAGGGCUCACGGCCCUGGACAUCCACCCGCAGGCCAACCUCAUUGCCUGCGGCUCAAUGAACCAGUUCACAGCCAUCUACAGUGGCAGCGGGGAGCUGGUGAACAACAUCAAAUACUACGACGGCUUCAUGGGCCAGAGAGUCGGGGCCAUCAGCUGCCUGGCCUUCCACCCACACUGGCCUCACCUGGCGGUUGGAAGCAAUGAUUACUACAUCUCUGUAUACUCGGUGGAGAAGCGCGUCAGGUAG